CGCCUUCCCGGAGCCCCGCCAGCCCCCGAGGUGCAGGAAGGUCCCGCGGACGGAGCGGGCCUGCCGGCGUUCAGUGGGGUUCUUGGUGAAGCACUUGGCACGCAUCGGAGCUCAUUACUCCUCAUCGUGGUCCUGUAAGGAAGUUUGAGGCUGAGACCCGAAAAGACCUGGGUGCAAGCCUCCAGGCACCCUGAAGGGAGUGGGCUGAGGGCUGGCCCAAGCUCCCUCCUCUCCCUCUGCAGAGCCUAGGAUGCCCCUCUGCUGCAGCAGCUCCUGAGCUCAUGGAGCCCUCAGCCACCCCAGGGGCCCAGAUGGGGGUCCCCCCUGGCAGCAGAGAGCCGUCCCCUGUGCCUCCAGACUAUGAAGACGAGUUUCUCCGCUAUCUGUGGCGCGAUUAUCUGUACCCAAAACAGUAUGAGUGGGUCCUCAUCGCAGCCUAUGUGGCUGUGUUCGUCGUGGCCCUGGUGGGCAACACGCUGGUCUGCCUGGCCGUGUGGCGGAACCACCACAUGAGGACAGUCACCAACUACUUCAUUGUCAACCUGUCCCUGGCUGACGUUCUGGUGACUGCCAUCUGCCUGCCGGCCAGCCUGCUGGUGGACAUCACUGAGUCCUGGCUGUUCGGCCAUGCCCUCUGCAAGGUCAUCCCCUAUCUACAGGCCGUGUCCGUGUCAGUGGCAGUGCUAACUCUCAGCUUCAUCGCCCUGGACCGCUGGUAUGCCAUCUGCCACCCACUAUUGUUCAAGAGCACAGCCCGGCGGGCCCGUGGCUCCAUCCUGGGCAUCUGGGCUGUGUCGCUGGCCAUCAUGGUGCCCCAGGCUGCAGUCAUGGAAUGCAGCAGUGUGCUGCCUGAGCUAGCCAACCGCACACGGCUCUUCUCAGUCUGUGAUGAACGCUGGGCAGAUGACCUCUAUCCCAAGAUCUACCACAGUUGCUUCUUUAUUGUCACCUACCUGGCCCCACUGGGCCUCAUGGCCAUGGCCUAUUUCCAGAUAUUCCGCAAGCUCUGGGGCCGCCAGAUCCCCGGCACCACCUCAGCACUGGUGCGGAACUGGAAGCGCCCCUCAGACCAGCUGGGGGACCUGGAGCAGGGCCUGAGUGGAGAGCCCCAGCCCCGGGCCCGCGCCUUCCUGGCUGAAGUGAAGCAGAUGCGUGCACGGAGGAAGACAGCCAAGAUGCUGAUGGUGGUGCUGCUGGUCUUCGCCCUCUGCUACCUGCCCAUCAGUGUCCUCAAUGUCCUUAAGAGGGUGUUCGGGAUGUUCCGCCAAGCCAGUGACCGCGAAGCUGUCUACGCCUGCUUCACCUUCUCCCACUGGCUGGUGUACGCCAACAGCGCUGCCAACCCCAUCAUCUACAACUUCCUCAGUGGCAAAUUCCGGGAGCAGUUUAAGGCUGCCUUCUCCUGCUGCCUGCCUGGCCUGGGUCCCUGCGGCUCUCUGAAGGCCCCUAGUCCCCGCUCCUCUGCCAGCCACAAGUCCUUGUCCUUGCAGAGCCGAUGCUCCGUCUCCAAAAUCUCUGAGCAUGUGGUGCUCACCAGCGUCACCACAGUGCUGCCCUGAGCGAGGGCUGCCCUGGAGGCUCCGGCUCGGGGGAUCUGCCCCUACCCCUCAUGGAAAGACAGCUGGAUGUGGUGAAAGGCUGUGGCUUCAGU